AUGGCUUCUGGAACUACCGACAGGAAAUUAGAUGCGUGCUGUCUUACUGAGUAUCGUCCAUUGCCUGGUACUCCAAGCGGACAAAUCAUCAAGAUCGCCGGAAUCGAUACGUAUCAUAUAUUGGGGAAGAAUGAAACGUCGAAAGGAAAGGCAAUUGUCCUGUUAACCGAUAUAUUCGGUCUAACAAAGAAUCCGCGCAUGACUGCUGAUGAAGUGUCAGAAAAAAGUGGUUUCGAUGUCUAUGUACCAGAUCUCUUCAAUGGCGAUCCAGUUCCCACUUCAGUUCUAGAGGGUAUGCCUGAAGCACCCAACGAAGCAAGGUCCAUUGGUGCUAAGCUUAGGUUUGUCGGAAAAUUCGUGACAUCACUCGGGCCAUGGAUGUUUCGUCAUCGUCAAGCUGUUACUCUUCCCAUUGUGGAAAAGUUCUUUAAGGCUCUUCGAUCAGAAAAAGGAGUAACUAGAGUAGAGGCCGUCGGUUAUGGCUUCGGUGGCUUUUAUGCAAUGCUGAUCGGCGGCGGCCAACUUCAUCUUGCAGAUGCUAUUGUCGCCUGUCACCCCUCAACGACUACUAAAGCUCAGUUUGAACAACUCCAAGUGCCCGCAGCCUUUGCUUGUGCACAAGAAGACCACCUAUUUUCGGUCGCUUUCCGUGUAGAGAUGGAACAGAUUCUUGGUCACAAGUCCGAAAUACCUAGCAAGUUUCUCUUAACUGAUGGAACGGUCCAUGGUUUCGCGUCUCGGCCGAAUCCAGACAAUCCCGUCGCUAUGAAAGCAUACAAACAGGCCAAUGACCUAAUUUCAGAAUGGGCUAUAGCUCAUCUUUAAUUGUCAUAUUAAGCUACUUUCGUUGUAAGCUAUUUUCAAAUAGAUUACAGUUUGUUUCCGUAUCAAAACAGAAAUUGGAAAACUCAUAGAGCAGAGUAUACGACUACCAAACACCAUAGAAAUGUUCAUCAUGGGCUUUUGCUUAUAUAUAGAAGACCUGUUAUUACUUUUGGCAUCAUUAAAUUUACAUUCUAUAAGGAAUUUCAUAUAACAUUAGCUCUUAUGAAGAUUCACAAAAGAGAAAAAAAAGAGAAAAACAUCCAGAUCUGAACGAAUUAUAAUAAUCUAACGUUUAUGCUUAAGAACUAUGAUUCAAGUGUCGCGUUCAAUCUUGCGCAAUCAAGGAUCUCAAAUCUUUUCAUAUGUUUUCUCAUCUUGAAGUUUACAUUUAUAACUGAUAACUGAAUAAGGCUUUUUCAUAUAGGCAGUAGAAAGAAAGAGCAUGUAUCAGACUUAUUCGAUAGUAAUUCAAGUAGUCAGUCAGUAGAUGUAUCGAAUAGAUGUGGAAAUGGUGUACGAGAUAAUGUUGUACGAAGAUUGCUCAAUAAUGAGAAAACGAAAAUAGCAAUUACCUCGGAAUGAAGUGAAAAAAGUGUUGGCUCGAUAGUGAAAUGAUUAAAGAGAUAAUUGUUGACACCGAAUUUUCAGAGUCUUAUGUUUAAUAGUGACGCAAUUAUCACAAUGGAUCAAUUCGCCAACGACGAAAAAAACGUGUCACAUGUCUAAUCAGUUCUUCAAAUAGUAUUUAAUAUGUCUUUACUAGCUUCAGUUGGCUAUCGGAGAAUAAAAUAGAGUAUUUGCAUGGGGAGCACAUCAGCAAUUCAAUAGGUAGGAAUUGCCUCUUUUAAGAGAGUGUCCAUCCGAACAUCAAGCAUGAUUCUAAUAUACGAAGCACUUGAUUAGUAAAAAUUCGUCUUUUUAUAUACAUUUGAAAGAUUAUCAUCUAAAACCAUCAAACCUAAAUUUUUAGCUCAUUUGGAUGUUCUAUGGAGGAGUUAGUCUUUACCGACUUUUUAGUGCUGACAGCCCACUGUUAAGGAGAAAGUCAAAAUAUUUUAAUAAAUGUCCACUGAUAUUACACUUUAAUAAGUCAAAGAAUUUUUUUCAUCCAAUAUAUCAAAAGAUAGUGCAUGAAAAACUGAGAAAAAUAAGCUAUUAAAAAAAUUGCAUAUCAUCUAUUUACUGGACUAACAUGAAUGAAAAACGUCUCACCUUAGCAGUUUUUAACUUCUGAUUUUUAGCAGUAUAUCUUCUUGCUAUUUUUUAAAAAUCAAAAGUGUUCACGAGGGAACAUACGCAGGUGUCAAAUCGCUUUUGGAUUGAAUAUAUGCCCAAACAAUAGACCUCAGUGAGUUAUUAAACGCCUUACAUGAAUUUGGUUUUCCAGGUCUCCUGAACAGAGAUAUACCGAAAAUGUGUUAUAUUGUGUUACUUUGCAAACUUAACCAUUCGGAUCUUAAAACCAACUACAUAUUCAGAUUUCUCGUGAGGAACUGCACCAGACCCCUUAGAGAUCUGAAAAUUUUCGAAUAGGUUAGGUCACCGAUUGAUUUUAGUUCGAAAUUGUAAUUGAAUUUUGAAUAAACUUUUCUUCUGUAAUGUAUUAUGUAGUGAGCACGUAGAUCGUAUAGAAAUGCAUGAAAUUUUUAAACUCCUAAGGAUUCUGGUGCAGGAUGUGGAUGUUCACUCCGCUUUAUUCAUACCUACAUACCCACACCCACACCCACUCGUGUCAUUUUUCCCCGAUAAAACAGCUACCCAGCGUGGCAGACAAAAAUACCAAAAUGUCACUCGAAAAAGCAGCAUUUGAAAUCAAACGUAAGUCAAACAGAAUGAGUAAAAAUAUUUUCACCGAUUUUCCUGUUUACACUGCUAUUGCGCACAUCAAAAAAAAAAGAAAGAAAUAUAUGAAAGAAUUAACUAUUAAAAAUGAUUUAUUGCAUAUUUUAGUCAGAUUUCUGACAAGAUAUAUCACUGAAACUUAUAGAAUGAAGCUAUCAAAGGUUUUUCUGUGAAUCUCAGAAACAUGAGUUUAUUGAUUAAAGGCAAUCAACACAAUGUAAUUAAGAUAGUCUUUGACGUUUUCUAUAUUUGACUUGUUUCCAAGUAGUGACUGUGCAUGUACGAUUUGGUUUGGGUAUUAGAAUAAAAGAGUAGUUCACAUUCACAUCUACAAAAUUAAAUAGAUUUAUCUGUACCAAUACAUUCACAAGCAACCGUUUUUAAGAUUUCAUUCAUAGAAAAAUCUGAAACAUUUAGAAUGAUAAUAUAUAAGUGCUGUCUUUCUUCAAGAUGAUGCUAACAGAACGUAUCAUAUGUCU